AUGGCAGGUCAGUCCGCUAAGAAACAGGUUGCCUCUAACAACAAGAUCCUCAAGGAGAUCCAUAGGAUCACGUGGGUGUCGCUUGGUGUGUUUGCGGUGUUCAACUUUGCUGUUGGCCGUCCUCAGAAUUAUAAGCCAUUCAUCAUCUUUUCCAUACCUGCUCUGCUAAGCAUAUACACGUUGGAGAAGACUGGACGUCCAGUGGUGGAUAACAGUGGGAAGAUUGUGCGUAUUGGCCAGGAUCUGCAACAAGAAGGGUUGACGGAGUACUUUUUUGACAUCAUUUACCUCACCGUCAUAUUCAACUUGAUUAGUAUCGUCUUCAACACGACCAAGAUCUGGUGGCUGUACCUUGUGGUUCCAGCAUUUGCAUGUUACAAGCUGUAUGGGCUGGUGAAUGCUGGCAGACAGCUGCUUGGCGGUGGUGGUGCUAGCACGUCUGGUGCUACUGAGAAUGACGGUCAAAGUGGCAGUAAACAGCCGGAGAAGAGCAAGAGACAGCUCAAGAUGGAGAAAAGAGGUGAUAAGCCAAAGGUUAGAUAUAGAUAA